UCAAAUAUAUCACUUCAUCCCAAACAAAGUCAGUUUCUUUCAUUUCGUUUUAAUCAGGAGUUGUUUUUUCUUGUGUUUUUUUCCUUCGUACUUUGAAAAAUGGCGCAUUUUGGUUCAACACCCGAGCCUACUAAUACUGACGAGUUCGGGAACCCGGUUCAUCACUCCACCACCGGAACCGGCAGGAAAGACGAGUUCGGGAACCCGGUUCAGCACGGUGUGGCGGAUACCGGGUACGGAACUGGUGCAGGGUACGCCACUCAUACAAAACCUAGUGUUGUUGAGCAUCACGGCGUCCCUGCUGCGUUUAAUUCCAAGGAUGACCAGUACUCUCGUGACAGCCAGACAACCACUGGAGGUUACGGCGGGGACGGGUACACAGGAGGGGAGAAGAAGGGUAUAUUAGGCCAAGUCAAGGACAAGCUGCCAGGUGGCAACAAGGAUGACCAGUACUCUCAUGACACCCAAACCACCACUGGAGCUUACGGUGGGGCCGGCUACACAGGAGAUGAUACCCGGGAGAAGAAGGGUAUAAUAGGCCAAGUCAAGGACAAGCUGCCAGGUGGGCAAAAGGAUGACCAGUACUGUCGUGACAGCCACCCAACCACUGGAACUUACGGUGGGGCUGGGUGCACAGGAGGAGAGAACCAGGAGAAGAAGGGUGUAAUAGGCCAAGUCAAGGACAAGCUGCCAGGUGGGCAAAAGGAUGACCAGUUCUGUCGUGACACCCACCCAACCACUGGAGCUUACGGUGGGGCUGGGUACACAGGAGGAGAGCACCAGGAGAAAAAGGGUGUAAUAGGCCAAGUCAAGGACAAACUGCCAGGUGGGCAAAAGGAUGAGCAGUAUUCUCAUGACACCCACCCAAGCACUGGAGCUUUCGGUGGGGGUGGGUACACAGGAGAUGAUACCCGGGAGAAGAAGGGGGGAAUAGGCCAAGUGAAGGACAAGCUGCCAGGUGGGCAAAAGGAUGAUCAGUACUCUCAUGACACCCGCAAAACUACUGGAGCUUAUGGUGGGGCUGGGGACACAGGAGAUGAUACCCGGGAGAAGAAGGGGGGAAUAGGCCAAGUGAAGGACAAGCUGCCAGGUGGGCAAAAGGAUGAUCAGUACUCUCAUGACACCCGCAAAACUACUGGAGCUUAUGGUGGGGCUGGGGACACAGGAGAUGAUACCCGGGAGAAGAAGGGGGGAAUAGGCCAAGUGAAGGACAAGCUGCCAGGUGGGCAAAAGGAUGACCAGUACUGUCAUGACACCCACCCAAGCACUGGAGCUUUCGGUGGGGGUGGGUACACAGGAGAUGAUACCCGGGAGAAGAAGGGUGUAGCUGACAAAGUGAGGGAGAAGCUGCCAGGUGGGCAAAACGUGCACCCAACCACCGGACCUUACGGUGGGGCCGGGGCCACAGGAGGAGAGACCCGGGAGAGGAGGGGUGUAGCGGACAAAGUGAAGGAGAAGCUGCCAUGUGGACCUAAGGAUGACCAGUACUCUCAUGACACCCACCCAACGAAUCCAACCAGUGCAGGUCACGGUGGGGUCGGGCACACAGGAGGAGAGCCCCAGCUCCAUGAGAAGAAGGGGUUGAUGGAGAAAAUCAAAGACAAGCUUCCUGGUCACAACAACUAGUAGAUGGAAUGGAUAAUAUUUUGAAUUUCGUAUCAGAUAAUUAUCUGCUGUGUAUAAUAAAUCGGUGCUUGUUGUUGGUCUGUGACCACCGAGCAUUGUACAAUGUCGUAUUUUGUAAUAUGUAAUAUUUGGAUGUCGUUUGUGUUUAAGUAUAAAUGUGCUCGUCUGAGUACAGUGUUUUGCUUUUGUAACUAUUUAAUGUCUGCUGUU